AUGGCGAGUGGUGGUUUAAGCUCUGUCCGCGAUGCUUUGUUAACAGCCAGCUUCUAUGAUAUUAUCGACGAUGACGAAUUUGUUCUUCUAUAUGACGCCUAUUCGUCAAAACCUAUUUUCCCAUACUGGAAAUUCCCCAGAUUCAGUGUAGACGAGUGGAGCGAUGUGGAGUGCAAGACUGAGCUUAGAUUUGCGAAGAAACAUCUGCCUGAAUUAUGUGAAUGUUUAGGAAUUCCUGAAAAAAUUACAUGCGUGCAAAGAACAGUAUGUGGUGGGAUGGAGGGCCUGUGCAUUUUAUUGAAGAGGUUGGCAUACCCUUGUAGAUACACA